UGUUCUUCAGCAAGACUGGUCUUGUUUGGAGCUGCCCUUAGAUUUUUCCCUGUUUGGAGACACCUGUGCACUGGUUGCAUUGGUUUAGUUGUUUUGUUCAAUUCUUUUUACUACGAUACCUUAAUAAUCAUCUUUCUAUACUUGCCCCCUUCAUCCCUUUGAUAUCAAAAACAAAAAAAAUCAUACUCAAAAUCCCCCCUGACAGACGAGCUGUGCUCUCUAAUACACCAAUCCCCAUUAUCCCCAUCUUGAUUUUGACAGUUCAACUUUGUCGCUGGUCGACGUCUCCAUUCAGCAGCUCACAACCUUGCUCAGCCUUGUUCAUUAUUAUCGCCGAGGCUUUUUACUAUCAUUUUCUAAUUUCGUGUUGUGGACUGGAUCCGCGAGCAUUACUGUUGGAUACCGCAGUCAACUAACCAACAUACCAACACGGACUUGAUUGAAUCGGCUCUGGUAGUCUUUCGACUCAAGUCUUAUAUUUCCUGCAUCUAAUACUGUGGAAGAGUGCUCUCAUCUUUGACUUCGACACGAUCAUCUAUACAUUCACCGUGAAUAUUAUUUAAUCUUUAGUCUAACUACGUCAAUCAUUCAAAAUGUCCGCUGUGCAACUCAAGUUCACUCUUCGGACUUCGUCCAAUGUCAAGACUGUCCAUCUGCUUGGCUCUUGGGACAACUACUCCCGCCAGAUCCCCCUCUCCAGGGAUGAGGGCAAGCCCGGUUCAUGGGUUGGCAAGUUCCGCUUCCAGACCUCCAUGCUUAAACUCGGCGGCCGCUACUGGUACUAUUACAUCAUGGAUGGAUACCACGUCUCCCAUGACCCCGCCGUUGAGUACACCAUUGAGCCAACCACCGGCCGCAAGCUGAACAUCCUCGAUGUUCCUGGAGGAAGCAAGAAAUCCAGCUCUUCUGCCGCGAAGCCCAGAAGAACCUCUGAGGAGGUCGUCAAGGGCCGUGCUCCGUCCCCGUCUAAGAUCCACCACCCCAAGCCCUCCAAGCCCUACGCCUCCCGCCAAAUCCGGGAGACCGACUUCGCUCCUACCAUGGAGGACCUCUCCAUGCGCUUUGCGGGUUCCCGCCUGUCAGACGAGUACUCCCUUUCCAACAGCCCGCCCAGCUCAGUUGGCUCAUCCCUGUCUUCUCGGUCUUCUCGCUCCUCUGGCAGCACCUCGCCAUCAUCGCUUUCUUCCAUGAGUGACCCAGCCAGCGUCUGCCGCUGUGAGCGCUACGGUAUCACUCGGAAGGGCGACCGCGUCAAGCUCGACUGUGGUGGUAGCCGCUGUGGCUACGUCACCGAGUCGUCUGAGGCUAGCUGCUCCGAGACCGACAGUGAUGAGGAGUACCGCCGGGCCCGCCGGGGUGUUCGUCGCCAGGGCAUUGUUGUACGUCGGUAAAUCAUGCACUUGGUGGAGCUUUUACUUUGUCAAUUUUAUGGAGAUGGGUUGGCCCCAUCUGUCAAGCAAUGUCAAUCAACAUGGCAUGUUACAGUUAUGCCAUGAUGCCCAGAACACAGUCUCUCCGUAACAGGGACUCCGAAGAGAUCAUUUUUAUACACAAAAAAGAA